CGUUCAGGGCAGACGUGCAUCCGAACUUUUGUUUGUGUUUACGUGAUUCGAUGUUUUCGCGCUAUAUUUUACAAUGACUAUUAAACGUAUUAAUUGAUUUGUGUUGUAUGACAGUGCUUCGCUGAGGCAAAUAUAAGCCCUGAAUUAGUGCCAUGAAUGGGGCAAGUAUGAGAGGGGGGCGCCGGAUACCCACUCCAAUGCCCCCAUCCAGAGAAGCCCAAUACUAUGCUAACAGAACAACACCUCGCUUGGUCGGUUCAGAUUCAUCGUACAAGUUGAGUCCUCACGAAAUUGAAGCGCUCAAUGUGGUCAAAGCAGCAACCCCGAAAAUGGAUAAAAACGGUUACUUUUCCUACGUAUCUUCCACCGCAAAGAAGAAAAAAAUAAGCUUGAUGCAACCUCGACCUCCACGGAUGGCUUUUGAGGAAAAGCGUAGACCAGGGGUGGCUGAAAGGGUCGACAGUUCGGCUGUAAACGCCGGAGAACACAGACGUGUGGAGGCUAUGUCGCACCGUGUUUUGACAGAUGCGCCACGCGCGCGUUUGUUUACGCAACUCGAAAGUUAUCAACCAAGAUACCAUACGAUACGUGAAAAUAGUGAUAGAAAAGUGGAAAGUGAGUGCAAAAGAAGAAGGAAUGAGCAGAGAAAAGGACAUCAAAGUACAGUCAGAUCAACAAAAUGCAGCGGCGGCUCUCCUCACAGAGAAAGGCGACGUCGGGAGGAAGAACCACAAGCUUCAGGCUUCAGUGGAGCCCUACACAGAACACCUCCUCAUCCCCCACCAGCACUCUUACGCCGUCUGGGAGUCAAGGAACCAACUGGUGUUGGAAAGGUGAAAGUAAUGUUAAGAGUUGGUGCAUCUGGCGAAGGCCCAUUCACAAGUGGCACACAGACCUUUUCACUUGACAAGCGCAAGAAGCAAGUAACACUAUGUGAGACAGCACCAGGUGCCAGUGCACCAGAGGACCGAAAAGUGGGCGUGGCAGCACCUAAGAUGUUCGCUUUUGAUGCUAUCUUCUCACAAGAUGACUCACAAAUUGAAAUAAGUUCAAGCGCGUUAACCGACGUCAUUCACGCGGUCAUUAAUGGAACGGACGGUUGCCUCUUCUGCUUCGGACAUGCAGGUUUGGGCAAAUCGUACACAAUGUUGGGGCGACCGGACGCAUCUUCCCUUGGAGUGAUCCCUUGUGCCAUUUCCUGGCUGUUCAGGGGGAUUGCUGAACAACGACACAAGUGCGGGACACGAUUUUCUGUUCGCGUAUCCGCUGUAGAGUUAUGCACUAACACGAAUCAAAUUCGAGAUUUGUUGGCCCCUUACCAUAACGAUACGGAACAAUCACCAGGCGUAUACCUUCGUGACGAUCCGCUGUUUGGGACUCAUUUACAAAACCAGUCUGAGUUAAGGGUGCACAGCGCUGAGAAAGCGGCUUUCUACCUAGAUGCAGCUCUUCAAACUCGUGGUGCGAGAGAAGAAGGAAAAGACAGCCACCUACUAUACACUCUCCAUGUUUACCAGUACAGUGUUGGCGGCAAAGGCGCAGUUGCCGGAGGACGAAGCCGAUUACAUCUAAUCGACUUAGGAAACUCAGAACGCGGAAAAACUAACGGAGGGAUACCUUUAUCUGGCUUAGGAAAUAUACUACUAGCAAUUUUCAAUGGCCAACGACAUUUGCCCUACCGAGAUCACAAUCUAACCCACGUCUUAAAGGAAUGUCUUGGUUCCUUGACUUGCCACACAGCUAUGAUAGUACAUGUUUCCCCAAAUGUACAAAGUUACACCGAUACGUUGACAACAUUGCAGUUAGCAUCCCGAGUACAUCGUCUGCGUCGUAGAAAAAUUAAAUAUCCUUCAAAUAAUAAUGCUGGCUCUGGCGGCAGUUCUGGCGAGGAUGCAUCUAAGCCAAGCAGUAGUGAACCUGACCCAUCAAGCAGUGAUCUAUCAGCAGAUACAGUUAUAUAUGUGGGCCCAUUAGACGAUGCGACCGAUGGAGAGCAUCCACCUGUCUAUAUUCCUCAUAUAAGCUCGGGGGAUAUCAAAAGUUCCCUUAGCAAAACGUUAAGAGGCUCGAUCUUAGAUCAAAAACACAAAUCGGCCUUAUCAAAAGUUGUAGAAGAAAAAAGUCCUGUACAUAAACUGUAUGCAACUCCCAAAUCUUCUCCGCUAAAAACUGCUUUACCAUCUGCAUAUACUCCGAAGUCGUCACCUUUGCAUACAGCUAUACCAAAAGCUGUACCCAUAAAAAAAGCAAUGCCCAAACACGCAGAAGAUGGUAAAAGUACAAGUGACGAACAAUGGAUCGAUGGACCCAGAAUCUCUAAAUCUAAACUAGCAGAGGCUCGCCAUAAUAUUAUCAAAGAAACUCAAGGAAAUAAGAAAGAAACUUGGAUAGACGGACCUAUGCAAGAAUCAAAAUUGCCAUUACAAUUUGAAUCAGUACCAAUACCACCAAAUGUUAAUUCUGUGUCACUUCAACUCGGAAUACUAAACUCUUAUACUGGUGAAAAUAUUGGGUAUGGUUAUAUGGACAACCAUAAGAAAAACAUGAUAAGAAAGUGGGUUGAAAAUCAAACUUGUCAAAUACAAAAAUCUCGACAUAAUUCCCCUAGUCAUAAACCACAACAACCUUCCAAAGAGUCAAGUUCAAAAUUACCGGAUGAAAAUGAAGCUACUCAUAGAAUGGAAGCAACUAAAGAUUCAAGGCGCAUUCAUGUAGAAGAGUCUACUAUUAGAACCGGGCUAAAAGCGGGUUCAAAAUCAAUAGCCAUAGAAGAAGAAAAUUUUUGUCCACCUGAUGCAAGUACAUCGUCUAAAAAAGUAUCUGGCCAAACCAAAUCGAUAGCUAAAAGCGAAGUAGACGAAGAUGAUGAUAGUGAAGAACUAGCAGAAAUACCCCCCGCUUUACCUUUGAUACAGCCGAGUAGCCUAAGUAGUAGAGAAGUGUCAAUGGAAAGUUUAGAUAGUAAAUAUAAAGAAAGAAUGAGAAUGGGAGAUGAAAUUGUAUCUAAUCACAGUAGAGAUAUCGAUCAUCAUGGAAUGAGUAAAGGCCCGGCUGAUGAUGAGGAUGAAAUACUAGAAAUAAUUGAAGUUGAAGAACCUUUAGAGCCUGUUCCUAUGCAAGAUUGCUGUCUUCAAGUAACUGAAGAAGAUAUUGCAUUUUGUAUGGGGCUUACCAACUUUGAAGGUGAUGAUGAUGAAGAUCAUCCACUUAGAAUUUUAAGUCAAGAAAAUCUAACAGUAGCCUCAACAUUUACUGACACACUGUCAUUAUAUAGUGAAGUUGAACGCCAAAUAAGAAAUGAGGCUUAUCUAAGGCAAACUAUGGAAUUUUAUGCUCAAACUUUUGGUGAAAAUCCUGAUAUUAACCCUCAUGCCAGUUUACCUACGUCUAGAUCAAGAAUAGAUGAUCUCAUUGAAUUAACAGAAAUGUAUGGUCCUAGAAAAUUAUCAGAUGGAAAUAGUUUUGCAGCAACGAGAAUAGCACCUCAGUUUCAGUCUAUGUCGUUAUGUAAUGUUAGAGAUACGGAUGAUUACCACGCAGAUGGGUCUGUGUAUAGUGAGCCAGCGUACAGACCAAGUGAUAAAAUUUGUGAUAGUUGUAAACGAACAAUGUCGAGACCGGGUAGUGUUGUUGGUGAAUGCGAAGUAUAUCAAAAUUUAGAAAUAGCACAUAAUGACUGCUAUGGUCCAUUUGAAAGAUAUAGAGGCAAUGACAUCACUGAUGCUCGAAUAGCUUCACUAAGACAUCCAGAUGGUGCCUCUGAUCCUAAUCUUCGGGAAGAAAAUCGAAUACCAGGAAAUGGUGCUCCUUCGAGUACUUUUCGGGAAUUAAAAUCAAAUUUGCAUUUGGAGGUUAAACCUCCUGCGGUUACGGUCGAACCACGUUCUGAGAAGGGGGACAAGGGCGUAGCUAGAGUGAUAGCUAGUUCCAAACAAGACGGUUACGAUAGUGGUCACGAAUCAACUCCGAGAACAGGCAAGCACAGUCCAGCCGGAACAUCAAGAAGAGCAGAAUCAGGUUACGAUUCAGUUCCUAGAGACUCUGACGCGUCAUCAUUAGAUUCGUACCCAACACGAAGAGCUGCCGUGGCGAGAGCACACGCAAAGAAACAUACCACAGCUAAGUAUAAGCAACACAGCGAUCGAUCGUUUUGCUCUUGGCUUAGAAAUCCUUUUACAUGUAAAUAUGCUGACACCGAUCCUGAAAUCAGUGACUUUUAAUGUUCUCGGCGCCUAUUUCUCCUCUAAAACUUAUAUCACUAAGCUACGUUACCGAAUUUAAUCUGGAGACUGCUUUUGUACUCUAGAUAUACGCGUAUUUAUACGACUAUAAAAGCUUUGCGGUGAAUGUAUAAUGUUACCAUUGUAUUUUUGUAAACCUUAAAGCUUUUAGCUCUGCUCCGAAAAAUAUUUUAGGACUACCUUAGUGACUUACCUUACCUGCCACAUUGGCAAAAUGUAUAUAUCUAACUAUGUUACACAACGAAUAUCGAACGGCUCUAUAGUAUUCUGCUCAUUUUGUACUUUUAUAAUGUUUCUACUUUCUCUGUUAUAUUUUCUACUGUUAAAGCCUUUUGACAUUGUAAAUAGAUCUAGAGUCUUCCUCAGUCUUCCGUAAAUCAGGAGACAUGACUUUUCUAUACAAUAUUUAACAUUUUUUCCAAUCACUUAAUAAUUUCCAUUGGUCUUAUAUGAUUAUAUUUAGUGUUAGUAAUCAAUAAUGAAAAAUGUUUUAUAGGAUCUAUGGCCUUAGAAUUAGGAUGAUGCUUACGUUUUUAAGUGAAUGGAUUGAAUGUUGUUAUGUUUUAGUGAUAAGACUGUUGUCAUGGCCAUAUUGUAGCUUUAAUUGCGGCUCGUCCGACUGUACAUAACUAUUGCAAUCACUACGGCUUUAUGAAAUGUUAAACUUAGUUACUGCUUUACGUCAAUGUUCUGUUAAUUGUAUUCAUAUUAUUAUAAAUAUUAUAUAUCGUAAAUUCUACUAUACGUUCGUAUUAGUUCAAAAUAAACUGUUCUAUGAACUUGA